AUGCUAAUGCUGAUCUUUUCCCACCCAGACUUAACAAACGCCAGGUCUACACCACGUGACCAUGGUGGCAAUGCGUCCUCACAACUGUCAAGUAAACAAGCACUAUCCAGGUCACUGGGCAUCGGUUCACCAGAGGUCGCCACCCCGCAGACCACACCGCUGGAAAGUCGUCCAAUGGCCCUCCCUGGGGUAACUAACAGUGUGAACUUUACUGAAGUCCCAAGCCCCCCCUCAACGGAAAAAAUGAUGAGGAACGAGUCUGACCGCCUGGCGACAUUCGUCAACUGGCCCAGUGGAGCAAGUGUCCGACCCAGAGACUUGGCAAGAGCUGGCUUCUUCUAUGUGGGCACGGAGGACCGGGUACAGUGUGCCUUCUGUGAGGGGGUUUUAAGGAAUUGGGAACCAGGAGACCAACCAAUGCAGGAACACCGCAGAUAUCUUUCAACCUGCCCGUUCGUCCUGGGACUGGAAGUUGGGAACAUUCCUCUAGAAGUGCCAAGCACAGCUCUUCCUCUUGCUGUGUCAGAAACACAAAGACAAGCGGUGGGAGGCAGCAAAACGGGAUCAGAGAGUAUCACAAAUGGAGCCACACUAGGGAUACUAACAGCGAGACCCAGACACGAGAGAUACGCCAUGGAAAACACCAGAGUUCAGACUUUUGCUAACUGGCCACCAUCUCGCAUUCCGCGUCCUGAAGAACUCGCCAGGGCCGGGUUCUUCUACGCCGGCUUUGGUGACAACGUGAAAUGCUUCUUCUGUGACGGAGGGUUGAGGAAUUGGGAACCUCAAGACGACCCUUGGGCUGAGCAUGCGCGUUGGUUCCCACGUUGUGGUUUUGUUCGCCAGUGCAAGGGGGAUGAGUUUAUUCGAAUGAUCAAGGAACAAAAUUCGCCAAACAACCCGGCUCAAGCACAAGCACAAAUACCACAAGGUGUGCCAGGCAAUUACCACGUAGAGGCCCGGGAGAUCAAAGCCCGCCUGGACACCCCGACAGUGCAGGCGGUCUUAGAUAUGGGUUUCAGUCGAGAUAAAGUGCGUCAGGCGAUCGAACAAAGAUUGCGGAACACUGGAGAUGAUUAUCCCAGUGCAGCCAGUUUACUAGACGCCGUUUUGAAUAUCGAGGUUGAGAUGAACCGUCAGACGGCGCAAGGCGCUGCGGCAAUGGCAGUAAUUCCCCAAGAAGAGUGUGGUCCGCAGCCACUAAACGCAGCUCUGGCUGAAGCACCACCACGUUAUGCAGCCCAGAAAACAUCACAAACACAGCAUACUGAGAAACAGACUAGAAAAGGCAAGAAAAAGAAAAAGAAGAAACGAGGUGUUCCGGUACCAAAGGAUAGUGAUGACAGGGAGACCAAGUCCUUGCUUGAGGAGAACAAGAUGCUGAAGGAAGAGCGCACCUGUAAGAUCUGUAUGGAUAAAGAAGUUGGUGUGACAUUUCUGCCGUGUGGCCAUCUUGUCGCCUGUGUCCAGUGUGCACCUGCCUUAAGGAAUUGCCACAUUUGUAGAGCAGCCAUCAAGGGCACAGUUAGGUCCAUAUUAAGUUAA